CUGUGUGAAAAGGGAUUGUCCCUGGCUCCUGUUAGGCCAAUCCUUCCCAAGAAGGCUCCUCCCCACCCAGCCCCUAUUUAGGGGCAGGACAUCCACAGCCCAGCCUACCAUGGGGAGGUGGACAAGAGCCUCCUUGGGACCCAGAAUAGUAGAGCAGCUCAGCCCAGGGCAGCCACUGUCACCCAUGGGGAACAGCCAGUGUGUCCCUCAGGCCCCCAGGAGGCUGCGGGCCUCCUUUUCCAGAAAACCCUCGCUGAAGGCAAGCAGAGAAAACCCGAGGAAGCUAGCUGGCUUGUUUGGUGUGGAGGCGGGCCUUGAAGGGGAUUUGGCAGCUGACAGGAUCUUCCGCUACAUCCCCGGGCCGGAUAUCCAGGGCCUGGAUGGCCGACCAGAAGGCCUAGAGCAGCCAUUCCUGAGUGUCUUCAAGAAAGGGCGGCGGCGGGUGCCUGUGAGGAACCUAGGCAAGGUCGUGCACUAUGCCAAGGUCCAGCUGCGGUUCCAGCACAGCCAGGAUGUUAGUGACUGUUUCCUGGAACUCUUCCCUUCCCACCUGUAUUUCCAGGCCCAUGGCUCUGAAGGACUCACAUUCCAGGGUCUGUUACCUUUGUCAGAUCUGAAGAUCUGCCGACUUGAGAGGUACAGAGAACAUGCCUUCCAGAUCACAGGCCCACUGCCUGCCCCGCUCCUGGUUCUCUGCCCUACUGAGGCUGAGCUCAGCAGCUGGCUCUACCACCUGGAGAAGCAAAUGGCCCUAGUGGGGGUACUUCAGCGCUGCCACACAGUACUCCCACAGGGCUCCACUAAGGACGAGCUCUCUUGGACUCUGCAGCACCCUCUCAGCCAACCUCAGAGGGUAUCAGGGCGAGAGCCACUGGGUGACACCAUCUGUGCCUCAAGGGUCAAGCUACAGCACCUGCCCUCUCAGGAGCAGUGGGACCGGCUCCUGGUCCUAUACCCGGCGUCCUUGGCCAUCUUCUCUGAGGAACCAGAUGGGCUCAGCUUUAAGGGGGAGCUGCCACUCAGUGCCAUCCACAUCAACCUGGAAGAAGAGGAGAAGCAGAUUCGCUCCUUCCUAAUUGAAGGCCGUCUCAUCAACACCAUCCGUGUGGUAUGUGCCAGCUAUGAAGACUACAGCCACUGGCUGUUCUGCCUUCAGACUGUCUCCCGCAAGGACGGGUCACCCUUGCUGCCCAACCUCAAGAGUCCCCCACGGCUGCAGGAGCCCACACAGAUUGCGGGUGGCGGCCGAGGUUUACUCUCCUCAGAUGGACGGACCAGCUGGGACUUGGGGUACCCAGCACCAUCCUUUGCUUGCACCAGUCACUUCUUCCCGGAGUCCUCUAUGCGGUCCACUGUGGGCUGGCCUACACCCGAUCAGGCCAACCCUGACUGUGCCCGUGUUGGCCAAAGGAGGGCAGAACUGAGACGUGGUGGCAGCAGCCGGUCACCCAGGAGAAAGGCCCAAAGAGAAGCACCUAGCCCAGCAGCACCACUGCCCCUGCACCUGGACCUGGCCCAGGUGGGUAGGCUGAGGCUGGAGGGUGGUCCAGAAGCACCAGAACACUCCCUGGAGACUCCACACUCCCCGCUCUAUGCCGACCCUUACACACCACCUGCCACCUCCCACCACAAGAUCACAGAUGUCCAGGGAUUGGAUGAGUUCCUCAGUGCAGUACAGAACUCACCUGGACCUACACCCUUAAGCCCAUUCCCCCCAAUCCCAGCAUCUGUGCCUGUGUCUGACCUCAGCUCUGGACUCUCCAGUUCUCCUGGCCCUCCAGAUCCCCAUUUUCUUUCCAAGAAGGGAGCCUCACAGACCCGAGCCUCUCAGAGGCACCAAGGCUCCAUCAGGGGCCAGCAGUCUCGGUCCUCAGACUCUUCUUGGCUUGUCUCGUCUACCAAGGAAGAUUCAUGCAGCCCCCUGCCACCUUCUCCAGAUGGCGAGUCCCCCAUCUGGAACAAGACUUCAACUUCCUCCAGCCAGAAGUGGCUGCAGAUCAAGAGGCCUGAGGCAGAGGGGGCAUUCAUCCAGUGGAUCUGAUGGCCUCCCUGGCAGGGCUGCCCCUCAGAACUAUAGCCUGCCAGUGCCAGCCCUGCCAGGGGAUCUGCAAUGGCCCCAGCACCCCAUUGCGCUACAUCAGCUUUACAGUCUGGGUCUAACCCCAGCAGGCCAAAUGCAUCUCCAGAACCCUGGGGGCAGAGUGCCCUCCCACCGUGGGCUGGAGCAGCCAGGAGAGAGUUCCUCAUCCCCAGGGACACCCUGGUCAUUGUGACUGACCACAGCUCAGGGAAGUACACUAGGAAGGUCCUGGGGUGCCACAGGAGCCUCUCACAGCUCUAAAUCCAGGAAGAAAUGGAGGGAACCUGAUGAGAGAGAUGCCUGGAGUAGGGGUAGUGUGUGUAUGAAGGGCAGAGGGCUGAGAAAGCCUGUCAGGGUCAGAAUAUGUGAGGUCAGAGUGCACAAGAGUCAGAGAGCAGCAAGGUAUGAGUUGUCACGUGCAGAGUAUGAGAGUACAUAGCAAGGAUGGUGGGAGAGUCCUGCAUUGCUGGAUGUGCGGGGAAGGACUGGUUGGAGACACUGGUGCCAUAAACAAGAAAAAAGAGAUUUUAUUGGUUCUGUGUCUGUGUUCUCUGCUAAACAUCAGGGGAUUCCCACCGUCCUGGAGAUCCUGUGUUGCCUCCUGCAUCCACUCACUGCUCUUUUUCCUUGGAUCCUUUACCUGCCUCUCCGUCCAUCUCUGACUCAUGGGAUCAUCCCAAGAGCUCAGUCCUUCCCCAUGAGCCCACUAAGUUCUGUCUAUACCCUUGACUAGGGCUUCCCAGAGAAGCCAGACCUUGCCCACUGCCGCACCCUGUAGGUAUCCUGUAGGCGUCUACUCAUUCACUCUAGCUGGCCUCCUAACCCCUUGACCAUAGACUUUGAAACUUGGAGUUCAGAGGGGCCUGUAAGACCCUUGCCAGCCUAGUCUGUUGUGCACAAGGCAUAAUCCCUGGGAAAUCACUCUCACCAGCUCUGAUGCCACCUAGCAUCCCUAUCGCAGCCCCACCAGACUCAGCAGGAUCUUGCUGCUCUCUGACGCUCCUAA